AUGUCCAAUCCCUACGAGCUCAUAUCCAAAAGCCGCUUCCACCGUCGCGUCACUCUCGAUUGUGGAGAUGGUCCGCUCAGCAUCAGUUUCGCCGACAUGGGCUGCGAAACUGGCCCCGCACUGCUUUUCAUUCCGGGGAUGUUCUCUUCUCGCUAUCCCGGCAUUCCGCUCCAUGUGAUAGCAGAACGCGCCGGUGUGCGCCUCCUUGUGGUUGACCGACCGGGCAUGGGCGCAUCGACUGACGUGCCGCUCGCUCAACGUGUCGCCGCCUGGACAGACAUGCUGCCGCGUCUCUUGGCACAUCUCCAUAUUCCACGCGUGAGCCUCGUCGCGCAUAGUGCUGGUACUAUAUACUUGCUCAAUACCUGGGCACGAUGCCGUGACUAUAUCAACCCGGUCAUUGCUGUAAUAGCUCCCUGGGUUGAUCCAGCGCACUCGCGCGUUACGGCGAUGCAGAUGGCACAGUACGUGCCUACAAAGGCAUUCGCAGUAUGGAAUCUUAUCCCACGUUUCAUCGUGACUCAAGCAAGCCCCGUGCUGGCAUCCAGUGGUACCGUUUUUCGUCGCAUGUCACUACGAAGUGAGAGUACCAAUGAAACGGAAGAGGAUCUGUCGUUCCUUAAUGACAACCGGCGACGUGUCGAACGCGACUAUGGCGUUCCUCGAUCCGAGCAGGAGGAACUCACUGGUCUUGCUCUUCGCUACAUGUAUGCGGAGAAUACAGUCGGAGCCAAUAGCGAAGCUCUGCAGUGUCUACGCAAGGGCGACAGCAACUGGGGGGUCUGCUCUGAUUAUGCAGUAUGCGCGCAGACCCUAGCAGGCUACCAGGCAACUCCAGAGGACAGAUUUAGCAUCCACGCAUACUUUGCCGCGAAAGAUUUCAUGGUGGGUAAACGGGGGAAGAAGUAUUUUGAAGACUGCUGGCAGUCACCCGGUGUGGAGGCGAUUGACUUCGUCUCGAGGGAAGUCGAAGGGUCGGAUCAUGACACCAUUGCAUUUUCAGUGGAGGUCUGGGAGGAAAUCUUCUCGUUCGUCAAGUAG